ACGCAGCAUGUGAGUGCACAUGAGAUGAAAGCACCACUGCAGUGCAAAGACAGCAGUUUACAGGAUCUUCACACUAAAUGGCCACCAAUAUGGCCGAUACACCUGCUGUGCAGGAGAGCAGCCAUGAAUGUGCAAACAAUGAAAAUGAGACACUGUCUAAAAGACAGAGGAAGAGACUUCUUAAGAGUCAACAAUGGGAAGAACCGAGAGAACUUCACAAACAGAAGCGGAAAGAGAGAAAACAGCAGAGGAAACUGGAGAGACAAGCGCAGGCUGAAGACGGAGUGGAGUGGACAGGAAAGAAGCGUUUGCGCAGGUCAGCAGAGCCCAGCUCUCUCAGACUGGUCAUAGACUGCAGCUUUGAUAACCUCAUGGUGCUCAAGGAUGUAAAGAAACUUCACAAGCAGAUUCAAAGGUGCUAUGCUGAGAACAGACGCACAUUGCAUCCUGUACAGUUUUACCUUACAAGUCAAGAUGGUCAGUUAAAGCAAGUCAUGGACGAAAUUAACAAAGGCUGGGUCAACUGGAAGGAUGUCCAUUUCAAGCCUGAUGCGUUUCAUGAAAUCAUGAAGAAGGAGGACCUAGUCUACCUCACCUCUGAUUCACCCAAUGUGCUACAAGAACUCGAUGAGGCCAAAGCCUAUGUGAUUGGAGGUCUGGUGGACCACAACCACCAUAAGGGAAUCACAUUUGGUCGAGCCCAAGAGCUUGGCAUUGCUCAUGCUCAGCUUCCGCUGGGCAGUUUCGUCCAGAUGAAUAGCCACAAGGUGCUGGCCGUCAAUCACGUUUUUGAAAUCAUCCUAGCAUUCCUGGAGAAACGAGACUGGCAGGAAGCUUUCUUUACCGUUCUGCCACAGAGGAAGGGAGCUGUGCCAGUGGGCCAGGAGAACAAGCUCGGAGAGGGCAAUGAUGAGGAAGACUCUGAUGAAGACUCGGACACAGAACAGCCACAGCUUAGAGAUAUGUAA